AUGUCGAACAACUCGCAGCAGGACUUUUUCGGCGUUGAUCACCAGACUUCAGAUCAUGGUUCGAUCACGCCCGGUGCCCCAGUGCACAACAUUGCCCAGACACCUGUCAUGGAGUCGGGCAACCCCUUCGACAAGCUGACGAUCCCCUCGGAGGCUCGCAACCAACAGAUUGUUGGUCACCCCGGUGAAUCUGUGGCUGAUGACAAGUUCAAGAUUCUUCUCGCUAUCGAUGGUACUGAAGCUGGUGACCUUGCUUUCAACUACAUUAUGGGCAAGCAUGCUUUCAGUUCGAAGGAUUGCCAAAUUUUCCUUACUACUGUUUUGCCUGCCAAUGUGCUCGGUGGCCCUUGGAUAUCUGGUCCCCUUACUAUUGAUAGUAAGAAGCAAAACGAGCUCCUUAGGCAGCUCCGUCACCAGGCUGUGGAGCGCAUGAACCCUUACCGCAAGAAGCUCCAAAGCCUUGGUUACGAUGUGACUAUGCACGUUCUUCAUGGUGAGGCGCGUGCUUCGCUUCUCAAGGUGGUUAGCUACCACAAGUGCGACCUUGUCGUCAUUGGUAAGCGUAACCGCGGUUGGAAGAAAGGUCUCAGCAGCGGUACGGUGUCGUCCUACCUGGUGAGCCACUCGCCGGUCCCUGUUCUCGUGGUGAAGUAA